UUGACAGUUUAAUAUGAGGGAUUUUAUUUCGAAUUGGGAAAUUUCCCCAAUCAUAUGAUCGAAAAAGAUUGGAGCCAGUCGAAAUAUUUUACACGACGGACCGACUUGGAGUAGCGCACACGCACACAUUUCUACCUACUCCUGCUUUUUUUGCAAGAAUCGUAAGAUUGUGAAAACUGAAUUCCAUCGGCGGAAUCUGAAAAUUAUUCUGUGAACGAAAAAAAGAAAAUUUGCAAAGAUGGCACUCAGCGACGCAGAUGUACAAAAACAGAUCAAGCAUAUGAUGGCUUUCAUUGAGCAAGAAGCCAAUGAAAAAGCUGAAGAAAUUGAUGCUAAAGCCGAGGAAGAAUUCAAUAUCGAAAAAGGACGUCUUGUGCAGCAACAACGCCUUAAGAUCAUGGAAUACUAUGAAAAGAAGGAGAAACAAGUUGAACUGCAGAAGAAGAUUCAAUCAUCGAAUAUGCUGAAUCAAGCUCGUUUGAAGGUAUUGAAAGUGCGUGAAGAUCAUGUACGCAAUGUGUUAGAUGAAGCACGUCGUCGCCUUGGUGAAGUCACCAAUAAUCCCAGCGAAUACAAAGAGGUCUUGCAGAAACUUAUUUUGCAAGCGCUGUACCAGGCCAUGGAGCCGAGUGUCACCCUACGCUGCCGUCAGGCCGAUGUUGGUCUAAUAAAUGAAGUGCUGCCCGCCACCGUUGAGGAAUACAAAAAACAAAUUGGUAAAGAUGUAAAUGUACAUAUUGAUACUGACAACCAUCUUUCGGCAGACACCUGCGGUGGAAUUGAGUUGAUUGCGCUCAAUGGACGUCUAAAGGUGCCCAACACCCUUGAGUCCAGAUUGGAAUUGAUUGCGCAACAACUAGUGCCAGAAAUUCGUAACGCUUUGUUCGGUCGUAAUGUUAAUCGUAAAUUCACCGAUUAAAUAUUUUAAGUGUAAACACUAUGCAACAAACAAAACCAACAGACAUAUAAAUCCUACAUACAUAGUUAAACGAAGAAAGAAGAAAUGAAACACUGAAAGAAAAGGUAGUUGAAUGCGAGUUUAUUAUUUAAUUUUACAAAGUAAAAAAAAUAUUCAUUUACUGAGAAGUAAUUGUUAGCUAAAAGAGUCAAAUUUUAAAGCGGGUGAAAGAAAUGUUGAAAACAAAAUUGAGAAUGUAAUGUAGUGGUUUGAAAACAGUGUUUGAAAUAAAAAAGACUCCUAGUGAGUUUUCUUGGAAUCGAAAGAAGAGAAGACAAACCGAAUGACCUCCUAACAAUUAUUGUGAAUAUAAUUUAGAAAUCAAACUGUGAAAGUGCGUGUACACUUCAAAAUAAUAUUCCAUUCAAAGAUUUGCUGCCGCUAAUUAUCUAUUUGUGCAUAUAACAAGUACACAACAACAUCUGCUGCUUUAUUAAAUCUACGUCACGAAUUUCUAUGUGGAUGUAUGAAAUCUUAUUUGAAAUACAAACUACUAAAGCCAGCAAUAAAAAUGGAAAAGGACGGCAAAAAAUUAGUAAAUGAACGUUUAACAAAAACAAAAAUGCAACAUAUUUGUUAAUUUGAGUUGUAUAACUUAAUACAAAUAAAAAAACAUAAAUAAGCAUUAAACUAUCUAAUAACAAAAUGAAAAAAAACAUAUUCAUAAAUUGUAUAAUAUCAAUACAUACUCACACGUUAUAUACAUUCCUGUACAAAAAAAAUUAUUAUGCUCGCUUAGAAAUUUCAAUAAUUAUUUUGUUCGGUUGCGAAAUUAGUAAUGAGCAUAGAGUUGUAAUAGUACUCAACUUUUCAUUACUUGCUUUUGUUUCUACGAUCUUUUAAUGUAUAUUUUCUAAACUGUUUUUUUUUUAACACUGGUAUCCUACCUCUAUUUGGAUUUCCUUUAAUUGUUUUUAUUGAGUUAUGAUGCACUUUAACCAUCGUUUGUUGCCUAAUGUUAACCAACUUAUAUAACUAGAGAAGCUUGUUUAGAAAUAACAAAAUCUUUAUAUUACAACACAACGAGCACCACAUUUAUACACCUCU